CCGUCGUCGUCGUCGCUGCCGCCGUCGUCGACACAGCGAAGCGAGCGAAAGAGCUGGUCUUCCUUCCGUUCCGCGCCACGCCGUGUCGUGCCGUGUCGUGCUGUGCCGUGCAGUGUCGUGUCACGUAGCAAUUGCGACGGGCAGCGUUUUUUCGAUCGCGCGACGUCGUGGGACACGCGGCAAGCGAGAGAGAACGAGAGAAAGAGAGAGAGAGAGAGAGAGAGAGAGAGAGAGAGAGAGAGAAGUCCGUGCUGCCGUGACGUGAGGAAGAGAAACGCGAGAGAGAGCUCGCGAGCAGUACACUCGGCGUACUUCAAGUAGCGCGAUAAUUCGCAAGUCUCGGACCACCGCUUUCCUCUUCGACUUCCCUCGGUCCGCUUUUCGCCCGGCGCGAACAUGAAUGAGGAGUACGACGCGAUUGUUCUCGGCACCGGCCUGAAGGAGUGCAUCCUCUCGGGCAUGCUCUCCGUCAGCGGUAAACGGGUGCUGCACAUCGACCGCAACAAGUACUACGGCGGCGAGUCGGCCUCCAUCACGCCCCUCGAGGACCUGUUCAGUAAGUUCAAGGCUCCAUCGCCAGACGAUAGCUAUGGCCGCGGUCGGGAUUGGAAUGUUGACUUGAUACCCAAAUUCUUGAUGGCAAAUGGUCUUCUCGUCAAGCUGCUCAUUCACACGGGAGUGACGCGUUACUUGGAGUUCAAAUCAGUGGAGGGCUCGUAUGUAUACAAGUCGGGCAAGAUCUCAAAGGUACCAAUCGACCAGCAGGAGGCCCUGUCCAGCGAUCUGAUGGGUCUGUUCGAGAAACGGCGGUUCCGCAGCUUCCUCAUGUGGGUGCAAAACAUGCAGGAGGACGAUCCUAAGACGUGGGAUGGCUUUGACCCCUUUAACAACAGUAUGAGCGCACUGUAUAGCAAGUUUAGUCUGGAUAAGAAUACGCAGGACUUUACCGGACACGCGUUAGCAUUAUACAGGGAUGACGAUUAUAUAGGCCAAACUGCGAUAACCACUAUCAGAAGGAUCAAACUAUACAGUGACAGUUUAGCGCGGUACGGAAAAUCACCAUAUCUCUAUCCGAUGUAUGGUCUGGGUGAACUUCCUCAGGGAUUCGCUCGUCUUAGCGCUAUUUAUGGUGGCACAUACAUGCUGGACAAGCCGAUUGACGAAAUCGUCAUCAAGGACGGCAAGGUGGUUGGCGUCCGUUCCGGUGAUGAGGUAGCUCAAUGCAAACAAGUUUUUUGUGAUCCUACAUACGUAUCUGAUCGCGUGAAGAAGGUCGGUCAAGUGAUAAGAUGCAUAUGCUUGAUGGAUCAUCCUAUACCUAGCACAGCUGACGCAUUAUCUACGCAAAUUAUCAUUCCCCAGAAGCAGGUCGGUCGUAAUUCCGACAUAUAUGUGUCUCUCGUGUCGCACACUCAUCAAGUUGCAGCAAAGGGUUGGUUCAUUGCCAUGGUCUCAACCACGGUGGAAACGAAGAAUCCUGAAGCUGAGAUUAAGCCUGGUCUGGACCUGCUCGGUCCGGUCAAGCAGAAAUUUAUUAGCAUCUCCGACUACAUGGUGCCAGUGGACGAUGGUCUCAACAGCCAAAUAUUUAUAUCCACUAGCUAUGAUGCUACCACACACUUUGAGACUACCUGCUUAGACGUGCUCGACAUAUUCAAGCGCGCCACCGGCGAGGAGUUUGACUUUAACAAGGUCAAGCACGAACUCGGCGACGAGGAUCAGUAACCGUAAUCACGGAAUGCGCGCGAGCAUGUACACACGACAUUAUGGGGAAAUCAAAGCGCCCAGUGUAUUUGCGUAUUCGAGUAAAAAGGAAACAUCGCUCGACGAUUGCCGACUGCGUCGGCAUGCGACAGUGUCUCAAAGCAGAUACCAUGGAACAAGUCACGCUGCGAGCAGACCUGUGCCUAAUUAUGUAGAUUCUUUUUGAUAGAGGAUGAAAAACGGAAGCAAAAAAAGUUGACUAAAUUCUCUCUAUCAAAUUUCUUUCUCCGUUUCACUACCUUCCUAAUCUCGUUCUGCUGUUCCUGUGACACAGUCCUAUCCGAAGCGCAUGAAUGUUCCACACUCACACGGAAAAGAAUUCUCGGACUCUAUUUCUACGAUUUCGAACACCGAAUUAUAUAAGGUUAGAUUCAAUUAUAAAUUUAUAUUUUACACGAAACAUGAAUCCAAUCUGCCAAUAUACAUUCGAAAAGAGAAUAA